AUGGCCCUCAGCGCGGCCAACUGGGACCCACCAUCCAUCCCUGCUGGAUUUGGUUUCUCCAAUGAACCCACCACGGUGUCAGUGGUGAAUGUCAGGGCGAAUAAGAAUAAGAAGGAGGACAGUGCUGCCCAGCUACCAGACGAGAAGAAACCCCCCCCCAGGACACUGCGGAGAGAGAGAGAUGACCUCCCAGAGCUCCAGCAGUCCUUCAACCUCCAAACAGGAAAAUGGAACAUCAUGAAGCAGCUAGUGGAGGCAGCCAUUAACAUGCACUCUAAAGGGGUCUUCCAUCGUGACAUCAAGUCAGAAAACAUUCUCAUUGAAACUGGCUCCAAUGUCCCUCGAGUGCGGAUCAUAGACUUUGGAUGUGGCUGCAUUGUAAAAAAGAGGCCUUACCGCUGCUUCUCUGGAACCCCUGCGUACGGCCCUCCAGAGUUCCAAAUAUCUGGGUCGUACGAAGCUGGCCCCACCACAGUCUGGCAGCUGGGUGCGCUGCUUUAUGAGAUGCUGGAUGGAUACAAAAGAUUUAAUACCUCCAAGUUCAUCCGCAAGAAAAUCAAAUUCAACAGUGAAAUGUCCAGAGACUGCCGGGGUUUGUUGAGGAUGUGUUUGGCGCUAAACCCUACGGAGCGUGCCACUCUGGAGCAGAUGCAGCUGCACCCCUGGUUCACAUGAGCCUGCAAAACCCACGAC